GAGGAAUCUUAAUGUUGAGACGCUUGGUGAAACCAUCUUUGGCCAUGGGCUUAUUCAUCGGUUAGUGAAGAGCAUCCUCAAGAGUCUCUAUCUGGUAUCUAUUAGACUCUUUAGUAUCAGCCUUUUGUCGGAAAGAAAGUAGUCCCAAAUGGGCUGUCAAGCUACAGUUUUGCUAUUUUUUUUCAAAAAUUUCUAUAAAAUAUUGGAGUUAGUUAAACUUUGCAAGAUAACUCGGUUGAAGCGGAAGCAUACCAGCUUAUCUGCUGACUUCCUAGAGUUUUAUAAUUGGCUACCACCGUCAGUCAGAUCGAAGAGUUCUUUGAUUGUUUGGGUGAUCUGCACUAACCUCCAUUUUGAGAUUAGCAAAUCCGGCAUUUUCUUUUCAUCAACUAAAAGUAUCCGAAAUAUGAAAAAUAAGCAUUUAGAGAGCUUGAGGGUCAUCCAGAAAUUUACUUCAUUCAUAACUGAGAAUGCUGGUCGGAUCUUUCUAAACCUUCUUGUAGCAUUUAUAAAACUGAAGCGGGUUCUCCUAUUAAGAAUCCUUAAAUUUCUUAAAAUGCUCCAUGAUAAUUUCAUGAUUAAAAUUUAUGAGAUUUGCUAUGUCUUUGUCACUAAUUCUCAAAGAUGAGAAAUCUAGCAAACUUAAUCGACAAUUAGUUUUCUUUCUUUUCUCAAACUUUAAUGCUUAUAAAAGCAGGAUAUUGAACCAUUUAGGUUUGUUCCAUUUCUUUAAUCUGAUCUCAAAAGGUUCAAUUCUGGAAAGAGAUAAAAUACUGCCAAAUGCAUCGAUAAAUAGGAUAAGCUUGCUGUCCUUACUGUCCUUAACUAUAACAGCCUUCUCUCACUUUCAUGGUCAAUAAAAGUGAUUAUAUAUCUCUUCUAACAUCAACGUCUUACUCUCGAGCCAUCACAUGGGAUUGCUUCAUCUUGCCAGGGCUGACUCUCAAGAGGCUGGAGCUUUAAACUUUUGCAAAGCAGCUCUCAUGUUUAUCUGAGAACUUCCAAGUUUUUAGAGAAAAGCAUGGUGCUGCUUCUUUCUCAAUUUC